CACAGAAAUGAAAAUUGAUGAGCAAAAUAUACCAGCCACUAUUUUAACACAACCUGAGUCAACUCCAGUCACAGUUACCACCUCCUGGGCAGAUGAAGUCAAUAACAUUGAAACUAUCAGAUCCAAUAUACCAUUAACAAUUGAGGGAGACAUUAGGAAAAUCAAUGGUUCCUUAAAAUCAGAAAGAAAGGUUUUUUCAAAAUGA